UGCAGCAACCCGGAAGUAGGAGUGCAAGGCCAGUACAGAAGUCAGGGAGCGGCCGGCUGGUUCUGAAACUGCGCGCGGAGGUCCUGAUCCCGCAGCCGUGGGCGCCAUGGACCCAUUCCUGGUGCUGCUGCACUCUUUGUCAGCCAGCCUGUCUAGCAGCGAGGUGACUGAACUCAAGUUCUUAUGCCACGGGCGCGUGGGCAAGAGGAAGCUGGAGCGCGUGCAGUGCGGCCUCGACCUCUUCUCGGUGCUGCUAGAGCAGAACGAUCUGGACCCCGAGAACACCGGGCUGCUGCGGGAGCUGCUGGCCUCCCUGCGGCGUCACGACCUGCUACAGCGCCUAGACAACUUCGAGGCGGGGGCUACCUCCAGGGCAUCGCCGGGGGAGGCAGACCUGCGCGCAGCAUUUGACGUCAUCUGUGAUAAUGUGGGAAGAGACUGGAGAAGACUGGCUCGUCAGCUUAAUGUUUCUGACACUAAGAUUGAUGGAAUCGAGGAGCGAUACCCCCGCAACCUGUCAGAGCGGGUGAGAGAGUCGCUGAGGAUCUGGAAGAACUCAGAGAAGGAGAACGCGACUGUGGCCCACCUGGUGCAAGUCCUCAGGAGCUGCAAAAUGAACCUGGUGGCUGACCUUGUGGAAGAGGAACAGCGGGCCCGGACGUCCCAAAAUGAGAGCGGAAGCAUGUCCCCAUUGACAUGAGAAUCAGAUGUGUCUGCCUUGAAAGGACCUCCACAGGCCUACUGCUAUUCUGAGGGACCAUGUCCACUUGGUGCUGUCCACCAAAAGCGGUUGCUUUGGUGCCUUUGGUGUCCAGCACUCUAAAGACCCCAAGAAGCCAGGCAGAGAGCCCUGGUCUCACGGCUGCAGCCCCACCACUUCUAAAUCAAAGCUCUGUUUACUGAGCGUCCGCCGAGCUGGGGUUUGUACACUGCACAGAUGUUCCCAUGUUUUCCUUACCAUCACCCUAGGACAAGGGUUCUGUCACCUUUGUUCAGUGAGCACCUGCAGGAGAAAGUUGAAACUGAUGAGCACAUAGAAGGAACCAGUUGACAGCGGUUGUUACCAUCACUCUGCUGUUGCUUGGGGUGGGAGGGAAUCAGGAAGACAGCACAUCUGGCUGCAGAACCCACACUUCUAACACUGUCCUGCUGCUGCCCCCACAGCUGACCAUCAGGGUAGACCUGGACACUAGGAUCAAGUGGCAUCCUGCCUAGGAGUCAAGACCCAUGCUGCCUCUGGCCCCUGAGUGAACAAGAGUCUCUGAGGCUGGCAAAGGGACACUGUUGGCUGUGGGGACAGACAGAGGGGAGGCCUUGGAAGUGCUCACGAGAGGCUGAUGCAGUCAGCACUCAGUAAAUGUUCUUACAAAGAGUAUGAUUGCUGUGAUUGUGCAGUUUACCAUUUUGUAUCAGAAUCACUGCCUGAUAACAGAACCAGCAAGAGAGCAGGAUCCUGUACUGUAAGAAACCACCCCUGCUUCUAAGGCAAUCUGUUGAGCAGAUUAAAGUGCCUUUACGCUGGAAACUGUUACAUAGAGUUCCUGUUCCUCUCGAGGACACUUUGACCUUGAAUCUUCUCCAGAAUUGCACUACAACAAUAUCAGUCUGCCUUGUGCUCAUCCUGGGAGCUCACCUGUGAGUAGGGUGGUGGAUCUCCACUACAGUGCAUUGACCAUGAGCGAAGCAUGGUCAGCCAGAGGGCAGCUUUGCCCUUUUGGAAUCUGCCAAGCAGCUGCUCUUUAUCCCAGCUCUCUAGCUGUGACUGUAGAAAACUACAUGUGCCCUGCUGUACUGCCUUAACUGUGGAUUAUCAAGUACUUAGCCAAGGUCCUCAGUACACUGUCCCACUAAACUGUGGCCCUGGCCUUUGAGCUCCUCUGUGCCUUCUGGCCACUCCCUCUCCAGGGGAGGAGCAGGACUUUGGAGCAGAGCUGGGCCACCCAGCCUCCCAUUCCCCUGAAGGCACCCAGCAUGAAGCUUGGAGAUGGAGAUGAGUCCCUGGACUCAGAAGUUUGUUCCAUCCUCUCUGCUGGACCACAUCACUGUCUAUCCUGGGAUGAGGAGGUGGGCUAGCUCCUGGCAGCAAAGCUAAAGAACAGUGGUGAGGGACCACACAACACAGGGAACCACCCCGGGAAAGGGGGACCUAGAGCCAAGCACUCAUCAGCCUCAGUCCCUUCAGCAGAGCAGCUGCUGUCACAACACUGCAGAUGCUGAGGCUUUGACUGUCCCUGGCGGGGGGGGGAUAUUCCCCACUUGCCUGGAACAGAAGGGAAAGGGCAAAAGUGCUCGCAAGGCAUUAAGUGGGAAGAGGAUGGCAGCAAGUGUUUGAUAAUGGGGAUUAUCUGCUGGAUGAUAAACUAUUUUCUACACUUUUGUGAUGUAGUUUUCAGGGGUGGUGGUGGUGGUGUUUUGAGACAGGGUCUUGUUACGUUGUUCAGGCUGGCCUUGAACUCACUGUGUAGCCCAAGCUGGCCUCAUACAUCGAUCCUCCUGCCUCAGCCUCCCAAGUGCUGAGGAUUGCACCACCACGCCCGGCUCAUUUUUCAGUUUGGAAAAAGUGCCCUGCAAAUGCAGUAGUUGAUAGGCCCUGGACUGUCUGGCAGGGAAGGGGGGAGCACAUGGUCUCUCUAGUCUGGCCUGGGUUUGAGUCCUGGCUGUGCCCCUAGUGGCCUCAUCACACUAAAGGGGCCAUCAGUAAAUAUUAAGAAUCUGUAGACUUCACUUCUCAGGGACCUUAAAAAUAAGCCGCCAAGCCGAGCAUGGUGGCACAUGUCUGUAAUCCCAAUACUUCGGAAGCUGAAGCAGGAGGAUUACAAGUUUGAGCCCAGCCUGGACAACUUAGCAACCUAGUGAGGCUUAUCUCAAAAUAAAAAGAGCUGGGCAUGUAGCUCAGUACUCUCUAGUACUGGAGAAAAGAGAAAAAACAAAGCAAGGCUUUACCCAGAGCCCUGGGGAUCAACCCAGAGGUCAUUGUGCUCAGAACACAGGAGCCCAACAUAGGCCUCUGACCCUGGGGUGUCCUUCCCCACUGGUUGCUGGGGUAGGGGAUGAUGCAGGGCCUCUCAAGGGAAGGCACUCUGGAUCUUGUGACCUCCCUUAGGAUGGAUGUGCUCAGUGUCCAGUCGGCACCAUGACCCUGGAGACAGGUUCCAGUAUACCCUGUACCCCCUCAGUAGGGAGCUGUUGUGGGGUUUUUUGGUACUGGGGAUUGAACUCGGGACCUUGCAUUUUCGAGGCAGGUGGCAGCACCACUGAGCUAAAUCCCCGGCCCUAGAGAGCUGUUGUGUUUGAAGAGGGCUUCUUGAAGCAACUUUACCAAAAAGGAAAAAAACCCACAUGCUUCUUUUUACAACUACAUACAAUCUGUGAUUCUGAAAAAGGUGCACCCAAGUCCUGGGGUUUGCCUGACCACUCAAGUGAGCAGCUGCAUCUAGCCUAUGUCCACCUAAGUCCAGGUGUCUGCUCUGCAGGGAGCUCCAGGCCCCUGCCUUGGGUUUGCCCUGGACCAAAGGCUCCAGUCCUCCUCCUGUCUCAGCUGCCUUCCCCCUUCCUUCCUGUACAAAGUGGCCUCCACACCAUGGCUGCUGUCUAGCCCCACCCCACACACUCAGGGUUUCUUUCACUCACCCCUCUCUAGCAGCCACCCCCUAGACUCAUUGCCCCCCCCCCAAGCCUGCUGCACCCUAGUCUCCCCCUGCUGGUUCGAAGAUUGCCACCUCCAUUGAACACUUUUGCUUUGCUUCAGACAUUGAUGCUGCCCUUGCCCACUCUUGCUGUGAACUCCUCCAGAUGCCACACCCUCUUCUCAUCUCACUCCCCAGGGAGCACAGCCCCAGCCUUGGCCUCUCCUGUCCCAGAUCCUGGACACCCGCCUGUCUCUAGCCCACUUCUUUCCUGGAAGCUCUGCUCUCUUCCUGUCACUGAGACUGUCCUUACCUUGUAUGAGUUUCCGGUGGCUGGGCUGCUGUAACACUUCACCACUGGUUACCGGCUUAACUCACGUUUUUCUUAAGGUUCUAAAGGUCAGGAGUCCAAGGUGGAUGUCAUGGGGCUCAGGUCAGCUGUGACCAGGGCUGGCUCCAUGCCAUGAGCGGCUUCUCUGGCAGCCUGUGCUCCACCUGAUGGCCCUCGCCCAUCUGAGCUGCUAGCUCAAAGUCUUCCCAUCACUGUCCCUUCCUGUCUCCCUCCCUCUCCCACUACAAAGGACCCUGUGAGCACUUGUGCUGAGUAGCGGGGAUCCUCUGCCCAUUGCAUCAUCCUUCAUUUAACCACUGGGUGGCAUCCCUUUUGCCAUGUCAGGGAGCACACAGUUCCUGGGGGUAGGACGUGGACAUUGAGCCUAGUCCUUUCCUGGAUGCCACUCAUCUGCUCACCGAGCCAGCUUCCUCUCCCUGGGGCUCACUCAUCCCCCACAGCAGAACCAGGUCCUGAACCCAGUCCCUCAUAGGCAUCUCUCUUGGCCACCUUUUCUGCCUUAUGCCACUAUGCUCAUUCUCAGCACCGCCACCCCCCGCUCUGGACCAGGGCAGAGUGACCUAACACAUCUCCCACUUCUGCUCUUGCCUUUGCCUGGCCCAGCCCAACCCCCACCAGCAGCCAUAACCACAGACCCCUGCCUCUAUUCUGAGAAGCCACAAGAGCUCUGCGCAGUUUUAGUUUCAUUUUUUUAUUCCAUGAGAACUAUUGUGAGUCAUCUAGCGGACUAUUUUCUGACCACACAAUCCCUGUGUGGACAGAGUUUGGAACUAGAUGGGGAACAUGACUCGGGGCUGCCUGUGUUCAUGUCAAAGUGGCCAGUCACCGUGACUUGCAAGGCACUUUCACUGAAGCAAUCCUUAGUCUCUUGAACCGUGUACUAGGUGGAGACCCUGUGCCAAGAACCAUGUACCUCAAGCCCAUGGAUUGUCACCAGGGAACAAGCUGAUUCAGGAACGAAAAGGGUCCUCAUUGAGCAAAGCCUACGUGACAGGUAGGAUAGAAGAAAUAAAGAUAGGCAGAAAGGAGACAAGGAGAAUUGUAACUAAGAUUGUACUUUUAAGAAGACUACACUGAAAGUCACCCAGGAUUAUUCAUAUCUUUAUUCCAUACAUUACACUGAGCUUGUUCAUAUUCCUUAGGCUGGUUUAUACGCCUAGCUUUUCUUUUUUCUUUCAGGUCCAUCACACCUAAAUCCUUUAAGGGUACUGUAAAUCUGAUGUGUUAACUUGAAUGGAUUUAGAAAUGCCUAAGGCAGUAAUAAAGCACAAUUACAGGUGUGUCUAGCUGGCUCACAGGAGA